AUGUCUGAUGAAGAACAAUUACCAGUGGAUACCGUCUGUGAAUACAUUGAAAAUGCAAUUGUAGAGUUGAAAGAAACAGGUGACUACCUCUCAUAUGCUACUUUGCUUGAUAUUCACUUAUCAGAUCCUGAAAGAUACAAUGAUGAAGAAAAAUUACAAUUGUUGAACAAGUUACACGAUAUCUUGAGUGAAAAUUUAGAUGUUGUUAGAGAAAUUGGUUGGGAUUUGCCUGAAUUAUUGAUCAAUUUCUAUGACUUGGAAUGGGAUUAUACAGGCAGUUUAUUAAGGGAAACUGGACUGAUCAAAGCAAUUAUGGAUAAUUUCGAUUUGGUUGCUAAAAAUGGGAAUGCAAAGGAAUUAUUUUUGAAGAGUAUUGAAUUAUUGACCACUUUAGAAGAUUUUGAUGCUAGUAAUGAGAAAUCUUUUAAAAUUGCCGAUAUCAAAUUGCACACUUUAAUUGAAUUGUUGAACACAUCAUUGAAACGAAUUAACACCAUUUAUCCUUCAAGAUUCUUAUCAAUGGCAACUGCAUCUUUAUUAAGAGCCAUCACUAUGUAUUGUACAAAAUCAAUCCAUACUAGAUUUGUUCUUCGAAGAUUAUACGCAUUUGCAAGAGAUUAUAUGGCCCCUUUGAAACCAAAUGAUUAUCUAUCAAAACAUGGAAUCACUCAAGAAGAAGCUGAUAAAAUUGAAGAUGAUGAGAAUUUUUUACAAAGAAAAUUAUUGCAAAGCUUUUUAACUCAAGUUUCUGAAAUAACAUUUUUGCAAAAUUCAUUUGAUUUAUCUGUUGAAUUAUAUAAAAGCUUGCAAUAUAAAUGUCAAAAGAAGCUACCACCUCCUAAUGAAAGUGAUGAAGAAGCUAUAACCAGUUCAAGAGGGCUAUUUACAAGAGUUACUCAAUUGGCUCUAAGUUUUGAUUUGGAUUUAGCUGAUGAUUUUGAAAAAUUGAAGAAAUCAUCUGUUGACCUAUUUGAGAAAAUUGAUUUGAAAAAAGAUGAUGAUGAAAAAAUGCAAGAUAUUUUAAAAUUUGCUGUUAAUGACAAGAUUUCUCAUUUAUACCAUCCUGAAUCCAAGGAAAUACCAUUCAAUCUUGCUGGUGAAUUGAAUCUAAUAACAAUGUAUACAAGAGAAAUCUCACAUGUGUUCCCAAUAACAAUUCGUGAAGCAGUUGCCAUUACAUUACGUUUAUUAUCGCCUGGUUUAAUUUCAGAAAAAUUUCAAAAUAAAGGUUCUAUUGAUACUUGUUUAUUCUGGUGUUGGGUUGCCAUAAUAUCAUCAAAACAAAAAGAUUUCCAAUUGAUACCUCAUCAUGAAUUGAUUCUAUUUUUACAAAUUUUGAUUUAUUAUGCAUCUACUCAUGAUAGACCUUCAGUUAGAUUGGUUCUUUAUACUUUAUUGACUAGAGUAUUGACCACUAUUGAUGAAGAUACAAGUUAUAAUUUCUUGGUUGAUACUUUAACAACUGCACCUUUUUUAAAUGCUAAAGCAGCUGUGGUGACGAUCUUGAAGGAUUUGAUCGUUAGAGUUAAACCAACUGAUAUUGAUGCAUUAACUGAUGAACUUGAAAAGUCACAUUUAGAAAACGAUGAAAGAAAACCGAAAUUACCAGAAAGACAUUAUAUUGAAUUGAAGAAUGAUCGUAUUGACGAUAUUUAUGCAUUGAUUAGAGAGUCUAUAGAUGAAACUUUCCAUGGUGAAGAAUUGAAUCCAGCAAGCUUCAAAGUCACAUUAGGCUACUUGAAUUUGUUAAUAACUAUUAAAGAUAGAUUUCCAGAUGAUAAAAUUAAGGAAAUUGUCAAGGUUACUAAAAAAAAUAUUGAAAACUUGAAAGAUGAACAAAGUUCUGAUGAUCCAACUGUUAAUGUUAACUUUAUUUCAAUGGCCUUGGAAUCCUUGAGCUGA